AUGACAUUAUUUAUAACCUAUAAACAACAAGUGAAAGAUUUAACUUUUGGCUUCGAUCAAUCUGAUUCAACAAGUUCUCUAAGCAAGAAUGAAUGUAGAAUAUCGCUUCAAAAACUUGUCGAUAUAUUUAAGAUUGAAUGUAAUGGUCCAGAAACACUCCUGUCAGAAUAUCCAAAUGCAAAAUUACAUGGACUACCGCUUGGUACCGGCGAUGAUGACGACGAUCUUGUUGUUAUUUCGUUGAAUGAUGAAGGCUAUUUUCUAUGUAAACUUAAUAGUAAAUACGAAUUAUAUUCAGGCAAACGUAUAGCUGUUCAGCCAACAUCAAUUCAAGAACAAUGUCAUUUUUCUAAAUUAGAUAUUGAAAUGGCCGCUAUAUUAUCCGAUGCUGUUUAUUAUUCAGAUCCGAUUAAACAUAUAAAUGAACAUUAUACAUCAUAUAGUUGUUUUUCAACAUUAACUCCCAAUGGAUGUGGAUUAAAAUUUGCAGCAGAAGCAUCUACACCAUAUCUAUUUGCUAUAUCCAGAAAAGACGAUGAUGAAGAAACUUUAUGGGUUGCAUUUCGUGGUACAACAAAUAUGAAUGAUAUCUUAACCGAUUUAACUAUAAAUCCUACGUUAACAUCAUCUGGUAUGGUUCACCGAGGCUUUUCAAAACGUGCAUCAGAACUUCCAUAUGCGACAUUAAUGAAUGAAUUUAAUAAUAAUCGCAAUUAUCCUAAACGUUUAAUAUUUACUGGACAUUCAUUGGGUGGUAGUGUUGCCCAUUUAUGUACGAUAUUUAAUUUAGCUAAUAAAAGUUAUAAAGAAAAUCCAAAACUUUACAGUAUAGCAUUUGGUUCACCAUUUAUUGGUGAUCGUACUGUUGCUGAAGAUCUAAUUCGGAAAAAUUUUAAUAAUAAUUUUUUAACAAUAAUCAAUCAAAGCGAUAUUGUACCGAAUCUAUUAAAUCUUGUUGAAACUGGUUCACGAGUUCAAUCAACAGCAGUACCUUUUGCUCAACAAUGUUCAGAAAUUGUUACAACGCUUUUACCAUUGAUUUCAUCUGUUACUGGUGUAUCAUCCGAAGUACUCACAUUACCUAUUCGUACAUUAAAUUCAUUAGUACCAAAAUUAAAACAACUUCUAAAUAAUAAAAUUACAGACUACAAACCAAUAGGUCAGUAUGGUUUUAUUCGUUCAUUGAUGUCAUUCGAUGACUCUAAUAAUCAAGAUCUUUAUGAUUGGAUAAUUACUUUUAAAAGUAACUGUAUGAAAAUAGAUCGUGAAACUAAUGCAGAAAAAUUUAUUGAUGUUAUAUCGAAAAAAUUAAUCGAAUCAUUUGGUCCAUCAACGGCCACAAUAACAAAUACAAACAUUAUUAAUCAUUUUAUGGAAAAAUAUAUUUCAUCAUUAAAAUCUUGCGAAUUUAUUAAUUCUCAAUUAUCAACAUCAAGAAGAACAAAUCAACGUGUAACUGAAUUUACAUGUUUCGAUCUAUAUAUACAAAAAGCAACAGCUAUUUGUUCUCAUACUGAUAUUAAAGUAAUAAUCACUGGUGAUCAUUUAGAUUUUGUAUCAUCUCAUGAAAAAAUGUGUCUGAUUACAUCUGAAAAUUUCUUCCAACCGAAUUCAAUCAUGACAAUAUCGGAAAUGUCACGAAAUAAACUUGUUCUAAUGAAUGACAGUUUACUACCAGUUGAAAAACGUGUUACAAUUGGUCCACGAAAAUAUCAAUUAGCUACACAUUUUGGUAAAAUUAACCUCAUGUUAGAACUUCAUGAUGAUGAUAUUGGACAAGAAGCAACAUUUACAUUUCAAAAAUUCGAUACGAAUUUUUUAAUGGCUGCAUUUCUACGAUCAUUUUUUGAAUGUUUACAUACGAAAGAUUGUUUAUUUUUACCGACUACAAAAGAUAGUUCAUGGUAUUUUGCAAAAUUAUUUGCUAAUCGUUUACCUAGUAAAUUUCAACAAUUUAAAACUCUUGCUGAAAAACAUUUUAAUGCCUGUCAACAAAUGAAAAAAGUUAAUAAACCAAUAUCAAUUGAUGGAAAAUUAUAUAAUGAUAUGUCUAGUUUAUUAAAUGAUUUAUAUAAAGGUUUAACAGAAAUGCCUGAGUAUGCCUAUACGGAAUCAUUUAUACAACGAGCAAAAAAAAGUCCCGGACGAUAUCUUAUUGCUACAGCUGGUGCUUUAGCUGGUACCUAUGUUCUAUUUCAUGUUGGACUUUUUAGUUUACUUGGUUAUCCUUUAUUCUCGGGUACAGCAUUACAUGCUACAUUGGCAGAGUUUGGUGCUCUUCAAUCAGGUAUAACUGGCUUGGGAACAUUAGGUUCGUAUACCUAUUUAGCCAAAGUUAGUCACAAUUCAUUGGAUAGACUUGUCUAUCAUGAGCGUUUAGCAUUUUUAUUAAAUAGCAUGGGAAGUAAUUCAGAUAAUUGUGCUAAUGAAAACAUGUUAGAAAUACAAAUAUGUAAUAUAUUGGAAGAUAAAUCAAUUAAUUUUGAUGAUAUUGAUAUGAAAGACCGUAAAACAAUAGAGAAAAUUAUCAAAGACACACAUUUAUUCGAUGCAAACGAAAUUACUAAUGGAAAUCGGCCAACAUUGUAUGGUGCAACAAUGGAUUCACAAAUAAAAGCUUUUGAAUUUUUAUAUGAUAUCUAUUGUAUUUGUAAAUUACGACGAUCAAUGACAGCACAAUAUAUAUCAUUCAUAGGUGCACAUCGUGCUGGUAAAUCAAGUCUAUUAAAAUCAUUAUGGAACAUACCAACACAACGUGGUGAUUAUCUUGAUAAUCGUACACAACAAAUGCAAAUUUAUACAGUAUAUGACAAUAAAAGUAGUAAUAAAGUUCAUCUAAUCGAUUAUCCGGGUGUGACAGAUCCUGUCAAAACGAUAGCACAUUUAAAUCAAAAUUAUGCUGUAUUUAGUACAUUCUACGUUAUUGUUGUAAGAGCCGGUACGGAUUAUAAAUCGGCUGCAGAAUUAAUUAGAGAAUUACAAACAACAUCAACAAUCGUAUCAUCUUCAGAUACAAAUAAUCAAGUAGCUGAAGGACUUGCUACUGUACAACCGAAGCUCGCGAAUGAGUUCAUAUAUGAACAGGAUCGAGAACAGUUGAAAUAUGGUUUAAAUAAAUCAGCAAAAUUUGUUAUUAUUAUUACUGGUAUUGAUACAAUACCUGAUUCAUUAAUUCAAAAUGAAUUAGAUGAAGCUAUUAAUAAACGAUUAAAUAUACCCAAGGAUUUAAUUUGUUUGUGUUAUAACAAAGAAUCUAUUGCUGAUGAAAAUUAUUUACGUUUACAUGAAUCGAGAAAUCUACCUGGUGUAGCUGAAGUACGACAAUUCCUGAACAAACAUUUCAAUCAAAUAUUGAACAAAAAUUCUGAUUUUAAUACGUACAAAUAUCAAGAACAAUAGCAUGUUUAUUUUUUUUUGUAGAGAAAAAUACCCAGACAUGUAGCAAAGCUUAGCAAUUUGGAUAUUCGGAUUUGAUCUCAGUGCAAAGAGUACUUGAGAAAUUCAUUUUUUAUAUUUUGGCGCAUAUUUAAUUCAGAGAUGGACGGAGCAGCUAGAAAGUCGCUCCGCCACCGGCUAUUAACUUAAUAUGUAUUCCGCCCCCACGCCGUCCCCACUAUGUUCCUCCCCGCCCCGCCUGUUAAAUGUCCUUUAGUAAACAAUUUUUUAUAGUCACUUUUUAUAAUUACAAUUUUAUUUCAUGAUAUCACAAGACAAAUGAAAUAAAAUAUAAAACUUGCCGAUAAGAAUCUGAUCAUAAAUCUAGACAUAUCGUUAUUGCUUAAUUUUCAAGUGAUUCAACUAAUUCUUGUCAAAUUUUUAUUCGAUAUUCAUCAGCUAUAUUUGACACAUGAUAAAAAAUAGUAUGACCACUAUAUAACACAUCAUCAACCGAAAUAUUGCCAUAUUUAGAAUCUGUAAUAGGAUAGAAAAAAAAAAUAAAGAAAUAUUUGUGUAAUAAGGAAAUAUUAAGUGAAAUACAUUCUUGAAUAAUGCACCGUAAUCUAUUAUCAUUAACCAUCGAAAAAGGUUGAAUAUUGGCACAUACUCACUCACCAGUAAAUUCUUAAUGUUAUUUGUUUUCUUUUCUUUUCUUUAAGUUUAGUUGGUUGGGCAACGCUCGAAGUAAAAUAAAUAAUUUUACAUUGUUUUAAAGACUGAGUAUUAUUUUGAGAAUUUAUAGAUGAAGAUGAAGAUGAAGACGAAGAUAAUUCAUUAUCACAAUUAUGCUUGUUCAUUUGACUUGUACUAUUUUGAUUUAAAUGAAUAUGUAAUGAAACAAGUUCGACAUGGAACGAAUUUGUCAAAUUUCUUAACAACACCAUUUUGAUCAAUAGCAGCAGGAAAGCCAAAUCGUUUCCAACAAUUAGCAAUACGACUUUUAGAAUUCUUAACAAUCGUUAAAUUUUAUUUGCUCUAAGCAAAGAAUAAUUUUUUUGCAUGUCAUUUCAUCGAGGAUUAAUGAAGCAUUAUCAUUAUCGGAAACAUCUAACAAAAUAUUUUCUGUGUCAUCUUCAACAUUAGCUAAAGAUGAGAAAGACUGCUGUAGACAUGAUCUCUAAACAAAAAUAUGUAUAAGCUAUAUUUAAAAGAACCAAAUUUUAAGGUAACAUUAACAUUCUGCAAAUACUAUUAGAUAUAUCCAAAAAAUGACGAUCUAAAUAUCCAUAUAUACAUAAAUAUAUGUAUAUGUAUGUUGUAUAUGUAGGUCUUAAAUAUUUAUUCCAUUGAAAAUAUCUUUCUUCCAAUAAUGAAGCCGUGAAAAACAUUCAUGAAAGAUAUUUAAAGUUUUCUCUGUUGAUCUGACUGUAAUGUGACAAAAAAAUACAGUAGCUUUGGGAUACGGGGAAACCGUGAAAUCGUAUGGGUAGUGGAUGGGGAUGGGUGUCGAACAACACACCCACGUCCACACCAUUUUUACAUUCGAUAGAUUAAAGGGCGAGAAGUCUUUUGGUAAAAAGUAUUUCCGUCAAAAAUCUUUAGAUCAAAGGGAAAAGCAAAAACAAGAGGAUCAUGUGGCUAUGGUUCCACUAAAAGUCUCGACAGAUUUGUGAUGUUGUUACUUUGAUUUCUCAGCAACUAUAAGAGAUACAUCGGGUAUCUUUAUCAUAUUUAAAAGACUGUGCGCUACAACUAUGGUGAAAGUUUCAGCUUUUAAAAAUACAGCGUUCAUGAGAAAACAGCAUUUGACUCAAAAUAUGUCCUGAUAGAUUUCAUUAUAUUUAUUUUAAAACAAAAGUACUUGUUGUUAUAUGCUUAGUCUACUCAUUGAAAUCAAGUCAUAUGUAACUCCUGAUAGUGUUCUAACAGUUUAUUUGGUGACAGCUGUUAAUCUACUUUCUGGUCGAUAUCUGUAAUCCCAUUCCGGCACUGGUUAAAAGAUUUUAUUUAUCAUCCCCGUCGAGGGGGAGGGGAGGGGCAAGGUACAGGAUUGAUUGAAAAAUCCUUCGAGUGCUAUCGCGAAAACAUCUCUUGCAAUAUCAUCAGGAACUGUUCUUGGCUUGAUUUCAACACAAAAACCUGAAACUUUUUAAGUAGCAGAAAAACUAUCGUUUCCACUAUUAUUCAUAAAAUACAAGUUUCUAACUAAACUAUAAGCCAGUUUCUUCUCACGCAGAAGUUUAACCCUUUGAGUCCUGAAUUUUUUCUAUCCAACCUAAUUUGAUGAAACCACUAGGAAUGAUAGAGCUAGGUGUGCUAAUGAAGUUCCACUAUAGGACAGAUUUUGUUAAUCCCA